CUUCUAGUGCCAAAAAAUAACCAAAUGAGCAGAAAAGGGGAUCAGGGGGCAGAAAGAUGUCCCUAAAUUUCUGUUUUCAAGAAAGCACCAAAUUGCUAAAUGUCAGAGGAGAAACAGUAGAUGAUAAGACAGGGAGAGCCUGCUCUGUGAUCUAAACAACCCACUCACCGCAGGGUUAUAUGUCUCUGCGGAGGGAGAUGAUCCGUGCUGAAUAUCGGAAGGUGUACCACUUGCUUUACGAGGAAGAGAGACGUUAUUUAGAGAGAAUGGAGAAAGAAAGCAACGAGAUUUUACAACAACUCAGAGCAAGUGAGGACAGCAUGGACCAAAAGGGAAAAGUCCUAAGAGGAAUGUAUGAGGACCUCAAGAAAACGUGUCAUGAGCCAGACGUGGAGCUGCUCCAGCAUUUUGAAAACACUUUAAAAAGGAGUGAGUCAGUGCAGCUGCACAUGCCCCAACCUGUGGAUCCACGGCUCAGUUUAUGGCCCAUCACGGGGCUGAUAGAGAGACUCAACCAUUUUCUUGUGCCCAUUUUUUUUGAAAAUGAAACAACGACCUGUCACAUGCCGCUGUUUGAAGAUCUGAGACGUUGGCUCUUCAGUCGCGAUCAUCCUGACGUUGUCACUAAUGCAACAAGAUCAAAAUACUUUCUGGCAUGGGGAGCCCAGACAUUUACCUGUGGUCAGCAUUACUGGGAGGUGGAUGGGGGGAACUGUCGGAACUGGGCCCUUGGAUUUUGCGAUGAUUCUUGGACAAUGAGGAAUGACAUGGCGCUUGACUCAGAGGGGAUUUUUCUACUCUUUUGUAUCAAAGAGGACAACCAGUGUCGUCUCUUUAGCUCCUCCCCACUGUCGCCUCAAUAUGUAGAAAGGCCUCUGGGCCACGUGGGGGUGUUCCUGGAUUAUGAGUGUGGUGUGGUGAGCUUUGUGAACGUGGCCAAUUGCUCCCUCAUUUGCAGUUUCCUCUCACGUUCCUUCUGUCUUCCUCUCCGACCCUUUCUAUGCUCUGCACCCUCGUGAGGAGGGACAUGUCAGAAAGUGACUGCAAGCGUCAGCUCAGCAAAGUGCCUGCUUGAGGGUCUUCAACGUCUUCCUUUAUCCAACCCAUUGACUAUUUUUAAAGGUUGAUAAUUACAAGCGUAUACAUUUGUUUCCAUUGUAUUUAAAUAAAAAC